AUGGAAGCCUAUCGAGCUGCGGCAAAGAAGGAGCUAGAGCGUAUUCAUACCGAUAAUGUUUUCUCCCUCAGCCUUGACAGUUGUCCAAUACCUGGCAUCAGCCUAGCUGACUUGUGGAAUGAUAUACGCACCCAGCAUAACCUGGAUACUGAUACUAAUAUCAGUGAAAAUUUCCUUAUUACACAAUUGUUCUUAGAAACUGUUGAAAAUCCAUUCCCUGACAGCCAGAUUGAGGCAGCAAAUGCUCUUAUAUCUUGGAUAAGUGCUGUAAUCCUACCCUCUGACACAUUUGAAGGGGCAUGGGAAGAAUCCCAAUUAUCUACAGAUGAUGCCAAGGAAGAUAUUUUCGACAGAUACAAGCCCGCUCGAAUCAAAGCCGCCUUAGGUCUGAAAGCUUUGAAACGUAUUUGGAAACUACUCAGUAUCAAUCGAAUUGAAGAUCAUGUUAAAGUCAUAGCUACCCUGGCGGCUUUUACAGAUCUACAGGAUCCGUGGACUUCAGUAACAGCAUUCUCGUCAGCGACCUUGCUCUUGAAUGAGUACAAGGAGUCAUAUCGAGCCAAAGAUCAACAGCUUCCUGCUCUCUUUGGUGAGAUUUUAGCACGUUACGUGAAGCCUUCAUUCUCAAAAUCCAGAACACCUGCUCUCACUUCUGCAGGACGGAAGGAUAUGCACCCGCUUAAACAACCUAAGUUUGAUCCUAGCCUGUUUGAAAAGGGAUCGAAACCCUGGAAGUAUACCAAUAAUUUUGUUCUUACUAUCUUGUCAUGGGUUGUCGGGCAGUAUACACCUUCUGAUCGGGCAACAAUUGAAGGACAGUUUCCUUUGCUUGUACCGGCCAUUCUAUCUCUCAUUGAUGAUGAAAGUCUACCAUACAAGGCACUGGGAUGCAGGAUACUAUAUCAACUUUUAAUUCCGCUAGAGCAAACGAAAUCCGAUAUUUUAAAGCGUACAAAUUUAGAUUCAGUCUUCGAAGAUGCUCUCUCGCCGUGUCUUUUGUCUCUUCCCACCAUAACUCCCGAAGAACAGUCCAUCCAUCUCCUUAAAUUUGCUUACCCUGCUCUAUUUUCCGUCAUCAGAACUCGGUUUCCUUUAUCGCCACCAUCAAAAGAGUUUUACAGUCCAGCACCCUCUCAUCGCAAAACGGAAGCGCAAGAGGCGCAGUCCCGAUUGAUAUGCCUCACAAAAGUUCUACGGCAAGGUAUCAUCUCGUCAUAUUCACAUAUCAGCAUGUCUCGGCCCUCAGAGGAUACAUACAUCUCUUCAUUCCCGUACCCUCGACUUUCCACAUUGUUGCUAAACCAACUAGCUACCGCAAUUCGAGAACUGGCUCUCGAUUCUAUCAAGCACCUUCAAGAGAUUAUCCCAAUACUGACCUCAACCUUAACGAACCCCUUCGGAACGGCCUAUAUUCCUCUACUCAUUGCGGCGAUAGAUAGUAUGCUGCAGUUGAUACUCUCUGCGUGGCCGAGAAUAUGGAAAUGGAGGGCUGAUAUCCUUGCUAGCUUGUGUGGUUGUUGGUUACAGAUUAAGAUGGAUGAAUCCAGCGGCAGUAUAACUGCAGAAACUAUCGGACUUUUAAAAGCAAAAAUCACGGAAUGCUUUGAGGCAUUGAAAAUCACUUUGGAAGAAAGUAACAUUGUAGAUGAAACUGGGGAGAAAAUCUAUGUUCAAGACGAGUUACAAAACUUGAUGAGCAGUGACGAAAGGCUUAUAGAUCUUCUUAGCGAUAGGUCGUGUUGA